AUGCAGUUUGGAAGCCUCGUCUUUGCCAUGGCCCUGCUUGCCUUUCAAGCCACCAGCGUCGCUGCCGCCGGCCGCUGGUGCAAAGCCCAAAUCAUGGAGGGUCACAAGACCGAAGUCAAAGCCAUAUCGGUGGAAAAAUGGACGAAUGCAGAUAUUGGUUCCAAGGGACUCCGUAUGCAAUCACGACUUUGA